GCCUUCUCCUACUCCCUCUUUUAUUUCUCCCGCCUGCCACCACCUCACACCUCCCACCUCGACAGAACGAAGAACGAAAGCAAUGCAGGCGACGGCUUCCGCUCACCGCCUCCACCUCUUCUCGCCCUUUACCCCCGCUGCCUUCACCCCCAGAGGCAGCGCGGCCCGUCGCCGGAAUGCCGCCGCCCCCGCCACCGUCCGCAUGGCCCUCAGGGAGGACGGCCCCUCGUUGGCGGUGGUUGGCGUGACCGGCGCCGUCGGUCAGGAGUUCCUCCGGGUCCUCUCCGACCGCGACUUCCCCUACCGGAGCCUCCGCCUCCUGGCCAGCCGCCGCUCCGCCGGGCGGCGGAUCGAAUUCGAGGGCCGCGGGUAUGUGGUGGAGGAGCUUCAGGAGGAGAGCUUCGACGGGGUCGACGUGGCGCUCUUCAGCGCUGGCGGGUCCGUCAGCAGGGAGAUGGGGCCGGCCGCCGUGGAACGCGGCACUGUCGUGGUGGACAACAGCUCAGCGUUCCGGAUGGACCCUGGGGUGCCGCUCGUUAUUCCGGAGGUGAAUCCGGACGCCAUGGCUCACAUCCGGCUCGCCGGAAGGGCAAAAGGGGCGCUUAUUGCCAACCCGAAUUGCUCCACCAUCAUCUGUUUGAUGGCUGCCACACCCCUCCAUCGCCAUGCCAAGGUUGUUCGCAUGGUUGUCAGCACCUAUCAGGCAGCUAGUGGUGCAGGCGCUGCAGCAAUGGAAGAACUUGAAAAGCAGACCCGUGAGGUUUUGGAUGGCAAGCAACCCACUUGUGAAAUCUUCAAGCAACAGUAUGCAUUUAAUCUUUUCUCACACAAUGCACCAGUUCUUUCAAAUGGGUAUAAUGAGGAGGAAAUGAAACUAGUGAAGGAAACAAGAAAAAUAUGGAACGACAUGGACGUCAAGGUGACUGCCACUUGCAUACGAGUUCCAGUGAUGCGUGCGCAUGCUGAAAGUGUGAAUCUUCAGUUUGAAAAGCCUCUUGAUGAGGAGACUGCAAGGCAAAUUCUCAAGGGAGCUGCUGGUGUAAUUGUUCUUGAUGACCGGGCAUCCAAUCAUUUCCCUACUCCAUUAGAGGUAUCAAACAAAGAUCAUGUUGCAGUGGGUCGGAUCCGUCAGGAUUUGUCUCAAGAAGGAAACCUUGGAUUGGACGUUUUUGUCUGUGGAGAUCAGAUACGCAAGGGAGCUGCACUGAAUGCAGUCCAGAUUGCUGAAAUGUUGCUUUAGUUCAUUGAGUCGUCCUUGUUCUACAUGUUGCUGGAUGCUUCUCAUAUUAACCACCUUUGAUGGGGGAGACAAGAUGAUAGAUUUUGUUGUCUUUGAAAAUUAUGUAGUACAGACUUGUAUUACAUGGUUGAAUGAAGAAAAUUUUUGGGUGAUACUUUAUUAUUUAAGGUCCUUAUAAUUUUGCAUGUCAAAUAAAAAACAUAUUACUUCGUUUUGUUCCCAAUUUAUGUGGUGGUAGUAAUUUCUUGUU